AUAGACAUUUAGCUCUAUACAUCUAAAUAUGGCGAAGCAAAGUCUCUUCCUCAUCCUGAUCUCAAUUCCAUUCAUCAUCGGCUGCCGGAAACAGGCGGCGCCACCGCUCUUUAUCUUCGGCGACUCCCUAUUCGACGCCGGGAACAACAACUACAUCAACACCUCUACCCUCGACCAAGCCAAUUUCUGGCCCUACGGAAUCUCCUACUUCCGCCACCCCACCGGAAGAUUCUCCGAUGGCCGCCUAAUCCCCGACGUCAUCGCUGAACAUGCAGAAUUACCAUUGGUUCCACCAUAUCUACAACAAAGAAAUUACCAAGAAUAUUUACAUAAUUACAAUGGGGUAAAUUUUGCAUCAGCUGGAGCUGGGGCGUUAUCAGAAACAUUUCAAGGGCUGGUAAUUAAUCUUAAAACACAGCUAAACUACUACAAGAGAGAAAUUGCUGAACUAAGCAAGAAAAUAGGCAAAGCUGAAGCAGCAAGAAUUUCAUCAACUGCAGUUUACAUGUUCAGCAUUGGCAGCAAUGAUUAUAUGAGCCCUUUCCUCUUAAACUCCACUAUCCUCUCCUCUUAUCCCCACUCGACAUACGUCGACAUGGUGCUCGGUAAUCUGUCAACCGUUGUGAAAGCAAUACACAAAAAAGGGGGCAGAAAAUUCAUAUUCCUAAAUUUAGGAGAGUUGGGAUGUUUCCCAGGCUUGAGAAUUCUCAACCCAGAAACAGAUGGUGGAUGUUUGGAAGAAGUUUCAGAGCUAUCAAAACUACAUAACAAUAAACUUAAGACUUUCCUGGUGAAAAUGGAACAACAGCUGUACGGUUUCAAGUAUUUCCUCUAUGACUUCAAAACCAGUCUUGCGGAAAAGACAACUCAGCCCCUCAAAUACGGUAUACACACACACACUAUGUACAUUUCUGUACUUGCACGCCCCUCCUCGUUUUUCAAUGAAGCAUGUCUUGCAGGGUUUGAGGAAGGGAGGAUGGCGUGCUGUGGGACUGGGCGCUUGAAUGCUGUGUUCAGCUGUGGGGGGAAGAGGCUGGUGAAGGAAUUUCAAGUGUGUGAGAAUCCAAACAAGUAUGUGUUUUGGGACUCUUAUCAUCUUACAGAGAGGGUUUACAAACAAAUGGCAGAUGAAAUGUGGAAUGCAAGCACAGAUAGAAACAACAGCCUGAAGGAACUAUUCCUAUGUUUUUAAUGUAUUUCUUCGGUAAUUUAUCAUAGUGUUCGGUUUUUUCUUUAUGUUUAGAGCAACUAAUUCAUGAUUUAUACUGGUAUUCUUCUGUCAAUUACUCCACCUCUCCUAUUGUUGAACAAUCCAUAAGGACGACCAGUUUUGGUUCUAAAA